ACUCCCAUCUCCUCGCUGCCUCUGCACACUUCACAGCUGCGACUGGCGCCGCGUGCUGCACCAUCAGCGCAAGACACGCGCCGGCCGUCUCAAAUUGCUGGCGCGAGCUGUGCAGUGGCCACCAGCAUCCAGGCCUAGGCGCCGCGCGAUGCGCCCGGCGCCGUGCACGUCCCCGCCGCACCUCGACUCGCAGAGCCACACGCAGCGGUAGCAUGCCGCCCGCCGCACACGAGGCAGGCGCCGCGCGGCCGGCCGUGGCGCGCUCGCCGUCGUCCAGCAGUCUCGCCACGUCGUCUGCGGUGCCGACGCGCCUGCCGCAGCGUGGCGGCGGCGCGUACCAGUACAUCGGCGAUGGCGGUGCGUCUCCACGGCGCUCGCCGUCGCCGCCGUCGGAGCUGGCGCUGGCGCGAGCACAGGUGCCGGCGUCAAGCUCGCCGCGCGAUGCCAUGCUGGCGUACCGGCGCUUCCGCGACGCCGUGCGGGCGCCCAUCGGCGUGCUGCGCACGUACAGCAUCCUCGGCUUCCUCAGCUCGGGCACGUAUGGCCGCGUGUACAAGGCCCGGCUGCGUGCCGAUGCGCCGGCGGCGACUCGGCAGCGCCGCGCGGCGGGGCCGUGGAACCGUGCGCCGCACAGCGAGCAGGCAGACGAGGACGAGGAGGAAGAGGAGGGCGACGAGAAGGGCGUGUAUGCCAUCAAGAAGUUCAAGCCCGACAAGGAGGAACUCAGCACGUACACGGGCAUCAGCCAGAGCGCCAUGCGCGAGAUCGCCCUCAACCGCGAGCUCAGCCACCUGAACAUCGUCACGCUGCGCGAGGUGAUCCUCGAGGACAAGGCGAUCUACAUGGUGUUCGCCUACGCGGAGCACGACCUGCUGCAGCUCAUCCACCACCACCACGUCGUGCUGCGGGCGCCGCUGGCCGCCGGCGUGCUCAAGUCGCUGCUGUAUCAGCUGCUGGCGGGGCUCAAGUAUCUGCAUGCCGCCGCGGUGCUGCACCGCGACCUCAAGCCCGCCAACAUCCUCGUCACGUCGCGCGGCGUCGUCAAGAUUGCCGAUCUCGGCCUGGCGCGGCUGGCGGCCAACCCGCUGCAGAGCCUGUACGCCGGCGACAAGGUCGUCGUGACGAUCUGGUAUCGCGCGCCCGAGCUGCUCCUCGGCGCGCGCCACUACGGCACGGCCAUCGACAUGUGGGCCGUCGGCUGCAUCUGGGGCGAGCUGCUGGCGCUGCGCCCGAUGUUCAAGGGCGAAGAGGCCAAGGGCGACGGCAAGAAGGGCGCGCCGUUCCAGAACGACCAGCUGAAGCGCAUCGUCGAGGUGCUCGGCACGCCGACACGCCAGCGCUGGAACAACAUCGAGAUGAUGCCCGAGUUCAAGACGUGGUGGCCGCAUCUGCGUCUCGACGGCUACUCGGACAGCCUGUACACGUGGUACACGACGCGCACGCGCUCGCCGUCCGGCUUUGAGCUGCUCGAGGCGCUGCUGCAGUACGACCCGGCCAAGCGCCUCGAUGCGGCGCACGCGCUGGACCAUGCCUGGUUCCGCGAGACACCCCUGCCGACUGCCAACGCAUUCGCCUCACUCGAGAAGCCGCUCGGCACGUAUCCCGUGCGCAGGCUCAUCAAGGACGAUGCAGAUGUCAAGAUGGCGCCGACGGCGCCCGGCGCCGUCGCGACGGGCGGCGCUGUGCCCGGCGGGGCUGCCGCGCCGCCCGCGGCGCCCGGCUCGGCGGCCGCGAGCGUUGGCAGCGCGCCGGGCUCGACGGCUGCGGCCGCGUCGGGCACGGCGGCGCAGCCUGCGGCGCGCGGCGGAGGCCUCGUCGGCACGGCCACGACGAAUGCGGGAAGAGUAAAGCGGCAGCGAGUGGACUGA